UCCCAAGUUGAUGUAGCACUCCCUCCCACAACUCUGACAUGUAUAUAAACUCUGAGCUCUCCAAAGCCCACUGCCAGAUCUCUUCGUGACUAACUGCAAGGGAGAGAGCAAGAUGAUUCCUUUCUUACCAGUAUUUUCUCUAGUAUUGCUUGUGGUUGUUAACCCUGCAAAUGCCAAUGGUCAUUACGACAAGAUCUUGGCUCAUAGCCGUAUCAGAGGCCGAGACCAGGGCCCAAAUGUCUGUGCCCUUCAGCAGAUUUUGGGCACCAAAAAGAAAUACUUCAGCACUUGCAGGAACUGGUAUCAAGGUGCCAUCUGUGGAAAGAAAACGACUGUGUUAUAUGAAUGUUGCCCUGGAUAUAUGAGAAUGGAAGGAAUGAAAGGCUGUCCAGCAGUCAUGCCUAUUGACCAUGUUUAUGGCACACUGGGCAUUGUGGGAGCGACCACAACACAGCACUAUUCUGAUGUCUCCAAACUGAGGGAUGAGAUUGAAGGAAAAGGAUCAUUCACCUAUUUCGCACCGAGUAAUGAGGCUUGGGACAACUUGGAUUCUGAUAUACGUAGAGGUUUGGAGAACAAUGUGAAUGUUGAGUUAUUGAAUGCUUUACACAGCCACAUGGUUAAUAAGAGAAUGUUAACCAAGGACUUAAAAAAUGGCAUGAUUGUUCCUUCAAUGUAUAAUAAUCUGGGACUUUUCAUUAACCACUAUCCUAAUGGGGUUGUCACUGUUAACUGUGCUCGAAUCAUCCAUGGGAAUCAGAUUGCAACAAAUGGUGUUGUGCAUGUUAUUGACCGUGUCCUUACACAAAUUGGCACCUCGAUUCAAGACUACAUUGAAGCAGAAGAUGACCUCUCAUCUUUCAGGACAGCUGCUUUCACAUCAGACAUACUGGAGAACCUUGGAAGAGAUGGUCACUUCACACUCUUUGCUCCUACCAAUGAGGCUUUUGAAAAACUUCCAAGAGGUGUCCUAGAAAGGAUUAUGGGAGAUAAAGUGGCUUCUGAAGCACUCAUGAAGUACCACAUUUUAAAUACUCUUCAGUGUUCUGAGGCUAUCAUGGGAGGAGCAGUCUUUGAAACCUUGGAAGGAAGCACAAUUGAGAUAGGAUGUGAUGGGGACAGCAUAACAGUCAAUGGAAUAAAAAUGGUGAACAAAAAAGACAUUGUGACCAAUAAUGGUGUCAUCCACCUGAUUGAUCAGGUCCUAGUUCCUGAUUCUGCCAAACAAGUUAUUGAGCUGGCUGGAAAUCAGCAAACCACUUUCAAAGACCUUGUGGCCCAAUUAGGCUUGGCAUCUGCUCUGAGGCCAGAUGGAGAAUAUACUUUGCUGGCACCCAUGAAUAAUGCAUUUUCUGAUGACACACUGAGCAUGGACCAGCGCCUUCUAAAAUUAAUUCUACAGAAUCACAUCUUGAAAGUAAAAGUUAGUCUUAAUGAGCUUUACAAUGGACAAAGACUUGAGACCAUUGGAGGCAAACAGCUCAGAGUCUUUGUGUAUCGCACAGCUGUCUGCAUUGAAAAUUCAUGUAUGGUGAGAGGAAGCAAGCAAGGAAGAAAUGGUGCCAUUCACAUAUUCCGAGAGAUCAUCAAGCCAGCAGAGAAAUCUCUCCAUGAAAAAUUAAAACAGGAUAAGCGCUUUAGCAUCUUCCUCAGCCUACUUGAAGCUGCAGACUUGAAAGAGCUCCUGACACAUCCUGGAGAUUGGACAUUAUUUGUGCCAACCAAUGAUGCCUUUAAGGGAAUGACUAACCAAGAAAAGGAAAUUCUGAUCCGAGACAAAAAUGCACUUCAAAACAUCAUCCUUUAUCACCUGACACCAGGAGUUUUCAUUGGAAAGGGAUUUGAACCUGGUGUUACCAACAUUCUAAAGACCACACAAGGAAGCAAAAUCUACCUGAAAGGAGUAAAUGACACACUUUUGGUGAAUGAAUUGAAAUCAAAAGAAUCUGACAUCAUGACAACAAAUGGUGUUAUUCAUGUUGUUGAUAAACUCCUCUACCCAGCAGACACACCUGUUGGAAAUUAUCAGUUGCUGGAAAUACUUAAUAAGCUGAUCAAAUACAUCCAAAUUAAGUUUGUUCGUGAUAGCACCUUCAAAGAAAUACCUAUGACUGUCUACAAGCCAAUUAUUAAGAAAUACACAAAAAUCAUUGAUGGAGUACCUGUGGAAAUAACUGAAAAAGAGACAAGGGAAGAGCGAAUCAUUACAGGACCUGAAAUAAAAUACACUAGAAUCACUGCUGCUGGUGGUGGAGAAACAGAAGAAACUCUGAAGAAACUAUUUCAAGAAGAGGUCACCAAGGUCACCAAAUUCAUUGAAGGUGGUGAUGGUCAUUUAUAUGAAGAUGAAGAAAUUAAAAGACUGCUUCAGGGAGACACACCUGUGAGGAAGAUGGAAGUCAACAAGAGAGUGCAAGGAUCUAGAAGGCGUUCAAGGGAAGGUCGUUCUCAAUGAAAAUACAGAAACCAAGCAACAAAGUUUAUAAAACCCAUAAAUUAGCAAUCUGUCUGAAGGGAAAAUUAUGAAAUCUACUUUGACUUCUGGAAAUGAACCAUCAGCAC